GCACAUAUUUUCCUCAAGCCUCAAACCUUUCUCUGGCUUCUUUCUUCUUCUCUUAAUUCGAAAAUCAAAAACAAGAACAACAAGAAAACGAGAGACAGAGAAAGACGAAGCAAGAAAAAGAAGGAAAAAGAAAAAAAAGCUUCAUCCUCAUCUAAUAGUUUUUAAUGGAAGCUUUACUCAAUUUUCCAACAGCUCAUUGCUGUAAUUCUCAAGCUCACCCAGCAAUUACAAACACAACAAAUCUGUUUUUCAAUACUCCUAACAAUGUAGGCACUAGUUGUUCUUCAUCAUUUUCUUCGUUAAAUUAUUCUUCUUCUUCUAAACUUACAUUAAAGAGAUCUACUAGAAAUUCUUUUAUCACAUCUAACCACUCUCAGAAUUCUUCUUCAUCAUCCAUUUCUCCUGAAAUCUCAUCUGAUGAUAAACCCUUGAGAAUCGGAAUAGUUGGGUUUGGAAAUUUUGGUCAAUUUAUCGGUAAAGCUCUUAUAAGACAAGGUCACGCUGUUCUUGCUACCUCAAGGUCUGAUUAUUCGGAAUAUUGUCAACAAAAUGGAAUCGAAUUCUACAAUAACAUCGACGCAAUGUGUGAAGAACAACCAGAUGUCAUAUUACUAUGCAGUUCUAUCUUAUCAACUGAAACCAUACUACGUAGUAUCCCGAUUCAUAAACUCAAAUCCGACACCAUUUUCUCCGAUGUUUUAUCUGUUAAACAGUUUCCUAGAAACUUAUUCUUGGAGAUUCUUCCAUCAGAAUUCGGGAUCGUAUGCACCCACCCUAUGUUUGGACCAGAAAGUGGUAAAAAUGGCUGGGAUGCUUUACCCUUUGUGUACGAUAAAGUCAGAAUUACUGAGAAAAGUCCACAGGAAAGAAAAUGCCAACAGUUUUUGAGCAUAUUCGAAGAAGAGGGUUGUCGAAUGGUGGAGAUGUCAUGUGAAGAACAUGAUAGACACGCGGCAGGAAGUCAAUUCAUCACACACACUAUUGGAAGGAUCUUAUCACAUCUAGAUCUGGAAUCCACCCCCAUUAACACAAAAGGAUAUGAAACUCUAUUACAACUGACUGAAAACACUGUUAGUGACAGCUUCGAUCUGUACUACGGGCUGUUUAUGUACAACGUCAAUGCUACUGAACAGAUUGAGAACCUAGACAGAGCAUUUGAGACAGUAAAGCAAAAACUAUUUGGAAGGCUUCAUGAUAUAUUGAGGAAGCAAAUUGUAGAGAGGGUACCACUUCAAGGAAGUCCACAAAGGCCAAGAGAAGUUACUUUCUUACCAAACAAUGAAAAGAUGAAAGAUUUAUCAUCUUUUGCUAUCCCACCACCACCUGCUAGUACUGCUAGUACUUCUUCCCAAGAUAAUAAUGGUGGAGUUGCAACACAGAGAAAGGAAUCUCUUGUACCUGGUGGUAGAUCACAAUAGAUAAAGCAGUCAAAUCUUACUAUAAUAACUAGUCUUUGCUUAUGUAAUGUUAAGUUCCAGAAAAUUAUAUUUUGUGAAUGAUCUUCUGUAUUUUUUGUUCUCUUGUAUCAUGUCAAUGUUGUAAAACCUAAAUUACAUUCUCAAUAAAAUUACCAAUCAAAAAUGAAAUUUCUGGUAA